GAAGGUUCACACCAGUCAGAAGGUAACUAACUGCCUGUACAGUAUAGUCCUCCUGUAUGUCUCUCUGUUGUCUGAACAUGAAGACCUCUGUGAUUGUCCUCAUCCUCUGCUGUCAGGUCUAUGCAGAAGACAAACUUCUGCAUAUUGAUUUAUAUAUUGCUGGAUGCAGUGAUUCAGAUGGAGUGGAUAUGUAUGGACUGGAUGGUGAAGAGCUGUUGUACGCAGACUUCAAGAAAGGGGAGGUAGUGAUGCCACUGCCUCCGUUUGCAGAUCCAUUUACCUACCCUGGAGCUUAUGAACAGGCUGUAGGUAAUCAGGGGGCAUGCAAAGCAAACCUGGCCACAUCUAUAAAAGCUUACAAGAACCCACCAGAGACAAUAGACCCUCCUCACAGCAGCAUCUACCCCAGGGAUGAUGUGGAGCUGGGGGUGGAGAACACUCUCAUCUGCCACGUCAGUGGGUUCCACCCUGCACCGGUCAGAGUCAGGUGGACCAGGAACAAUCAGAAUGUGACCGAGGGAGUGCGUACCAGCACCCCCUACCCCAACACUGAUUUCACCCUCAACCAGUUCUCCAGCCUGACCUUCACCCCAGAGGAGGAAGACAUCUAUGGCUGUACUGUGGAGCACAAGGGCCUUACUGAGCCCCUGACACGGAUCUGGGAACCUGAGGGAGCCAGCCCCAGUGUGGUUGCGGUGUUCUGUGGAGUGGGUCUGACUCUGGGGCUGCUGGGAGUGGCUACCGGAACAUUCUUCCUCAUCAAAGGGAACCGUGUAACUGGGACUACAGCUGUCAGAGCGUCAUGGCAAUCUGUAUAAAUAUAGAGGACUUAGCCAUCAUUUAAAGUAUCUUUGUAUUGUUAAAACGUAUACUAGACUGUAGAUGGCAAAGAGGCUUUUUUUAGCCUCCUUCGGAACGUGAGGCUAAACUGUGCAGAUAAUUUAGUUUCAGUAGGAGUUAUGAUACAUGAAAUAAACACGUGUACUGGAGAUGUAUCCCCCUUGGGCCCAAAGGUAGAGCAUAACAAAUAGUCGAUAUAGUAAACAUUUCAGCAGUCUGAAUAUUAUUAUUUUACUAUCAUAAGUUGACAUAAUACCAUAGAGUAUGAUAUAAUUACAUAAACUGUAAAUGCAAUCCCCCAACGGGGAUAAAAAGGAGGGGAGAUUUCAUGUGUUACUGUUGAUCCUCGGGUCUCCGUAGUCAUGGUGCUAAGACCCUAGCUAAAUAAAUCAUUUUUGAUUAUGCUUUCUUGGUUGUCAGUCAUCACUAAUUACAGGCAUCAUUGAGUGCUUAGGGUUGUGGUAUGUGUUACCAAACUGCUGAAAGAAAGGACCCACCUGGCCUCCCUAAUGAAGAAGCCAGAGGGAGGUAAACUAGGGAUUAGCUCCCCCAAAUUAUGUAUGCCGGGGGUACGAGUGUACGUCCAGAUUGGAGUUCUAGUUGGUGUUUGUGUUUCAUUUUUCCCUUUUUAACAUGACAUGUUUAUUAAAGCUUAUUAGCCCUGAAA